AUGGCCAUUGCCGCAAGUGUCUCCCAAAUCUUUGCCGCGUUUUCGCAACUCCUGGGUGCCUUCGAUGCAGGAACGCUUGCCCUGGAUGAACGCAGCCGGCUAUCGCCUGCGAGACUCGCAGAGCUCCGACUUUCUCUUGAGGAAGAGCUCGGCCGAUUCCGGGUAUGGUCAGGCAAUGUCGGUGCUCAUAGGAGUGGCCGCAGCUCUCUCGACUUCAGGCUUCGCGACGCGCCUCAUCUGGAGGAGAGGGUGCUUAGCCUCGUAGAGGAACUUCGAGAAGCUUUGAACGACGGUGUUUCUAUUCUUUCCGGAUCGAAACAACCUUGGGAAACUCAAUCUUCGAGCGACGACUCCGGUUCACCAUCAGCCAGCGAUACCGAAGAAGUCGGCCCGGCAGCACGAUCUCCUCCAUCGCCCGCCCACGAUGUGAUAGCGAAUACCGAAUUCGAACAGAUACACCAGGAUAUUGGCGAAAUAAUCACUUGCUUGCUGCGGCUCUCCAUGAUCAUUCGGCAACCGAUCUCCCACGCCAAAUUUGCCCAAGCUGCCAGCGUUGACAAGUCAGCCUUCGAACCCUUUGAUGCCAACCAUGUCCGAAAUAAGUUUCCCAGAACAGAGGAAUAUCUGAUAAUCCGAUUGGGAAAAGCGAUUACAAGCCGGCGACGCUAUCUGACGUAUCGGGAGAAUCAUCAACAGAAACUAGCGCAUGGUCUAGCCACAGGUCAAGGGUCUGUCGGUAUAGAGACCAAGGAGGAGACAGAGUCACAACCAGCUCCGCUAAGCACGGUCGCUUCUUCUCUCCCAGAGAAAGCACUUAACUUCGCUGCCCUCAAUGAAGACGAGGACGAAGCGUCGGAAUGCGGCUUCUCAGAGACGUCAUAUGCCAGCUCCACGAAUGACGAAACUAGGCUGGCCCCACCACCACUCCCGGCUUCGGCUUCCGCAGGCACACCUUACCAGUGCACCGUAUGCCACAUGAUCAUCGAUAUCCAGAUAACCGGAAAAUGGAGGAAGCAUGUAUUCAACGACCUCCACCCAUACGUUUGCACUUUCAAGCAUUGCGGCACCCCGGAUAGGCUCUACGAACGGCGAAGUGAGUGGUUUGCUCACGAGCUUCAGGUGCAUCGGCGGAAAUGGCAUUGCCUUCGUGGCUGUUCUAGCACGUUUACAUCGAGUACGGUGUUUGAGGCACAUCUGCGGCAAGCGCAUGGGAAUACUUCAACCGGAAAAGAGCUCUCAACACUUAUGGACAUGUCAGAGUCACAGCAGAGUAUGGAAGACGAGGCGUCUUGCCCACUGUGUAGAGCGUACACUGGCCCGCUCAAGCUGCUUCGCAAGCACAUUGGAAAGCAUCAAGAGCAAUUAGCACUGUUUGCUCUUCCGUUGAGCGUGCGAGAGGAUGAUAAUGAAGAGGAGGAAGGGAGCGACGAACCCGAGGAUGGCGACGAGAGAGGCGAAUCCACCACAAAAGGAGACUCACGACCAUGGUCGAGAAAUGAUUGUGAAGUCCCUGCAAGCGCAUCAGAUUCCACUAGCAUGCCCGCUGACAUCGAUCAACGCUUCGAAGAUAUUAGCGUAAGAUGCCCGUUGUGCGGCGGGACUAACGGGUUCAAUUGCCCUUGUCAGCUGCCGAGGGUGAAAAAACAACUCCGAGAAGCAAGACUGAGGUUCCUGCAAAAGGCGCCCGAUAUGCGGGCAACUGAAGCAGCUAUGAGAGAUGAAGACAUGCAAGUUCAGGAUCCAAAUUCCAUUCUGAUGCAGCGGCUGACACGCCCUAGUGAAGAGUUUGUAUUCCACAAAACCCGGGAAAGAAUGAGAAAAGACUGCUUGCAUAUGCGAGAGUUGUUUGAGAGGGGAUCCGAUGAGGAGUCUCAGAGGUACGAACAUAGAAUAGAUCACUACUGGCUCCAGUUGUGGAAGAGGUUUCCAGACCACCUUGAUACUACCUUCAACCGGUACAUGAUAGUUAAUUGGCAUGGGAAUAUUACUCUCCCAAACCAACCACAGCACUACAGGCCCGCAUGA